GAGGGGGGGUCAAAGGUCACUGGCAGGAGCCGGGAGUCGCCUCAGAUCAGAGGAGAAGGAGUGCAGUUCGUCAAGGAAAACCCUUCUCCGGAUCUGACCCCGCCCCUCGGUCCCUCGGCCAUGCAUCGGUUUGCCGGUUUGAGUCCCGGAGCGGUGGUGGAAGAGGUGGCCGCCUCGCUGGGCUGCGGCGUGACGGCGGCGGCGGUGGCCGAGUUCCUGGACGAGCAGGACGAGCUGCGGUGCCUCAGGGGCCAGUUCCUCCUGCCCAAAGUGGCCGACCUGCCGCCCUCUGACCUGUCCCUGGUGGACGGGGAGGAGGACUGCGUCUACAUGGUGGGGAACUCUCUGGGCCUCCAGCCCAGAAACACCCAGAGGUACCUGCAGGAGGAGCUGGACAAGUGGGCCAAGACGGGCGUGCACGGCCACACGGAGGGGUCGCGACCCUGGGCCUGGGCCGAGAACAACAUCGAGGAGCUCAUGGCCAACAUCGUGGGAGCUGAGGAGGAGGAAGUGGCUCUGAUGAACGGACUGACGGUCAACCUGCACCUGCUCAUGCUCUCCUUCUACCAGCCGACCACCGAGCGACACAAGAUCCUGCUGGAGGACAAGGCCUUCCCCUCCGACCACUACGCUGCAGAGUCUCAGGUCGUCCUCAGAGGAUUCGACCCUCAGCAGAGCCUCCUGCUGCUCAAACCCCGACAGGGCGAGGACACUCUGAGGACGGAGGACAUUCUGUCCGUCCUGGAGGAGGAGGGCGACUCCGUCGCCGUGGUGAUGCUCAGCGGUGUCCAGUACUACACCGGACAGCUCUUCGACAUCCCCGCCAUCACAGCGGCCGGACACCGGAAGGGCUGCCUGGUGGGUUUCGACCUCGCUCACGCUGCUGGGAACGUGGAGCUGCGGCUUCACGACUGGGGCGUUGACUUCGCCUGCUGGUGCUCCUACAAGUACAUCAACUCGGGCGCCGGCGGCCUGGCGGCAGCUUUCAUCCACCAGAAACACAAACACAGCAUAAAGCCAGCGCUAAUGGGUUGGUGGGGACACCGGCUGGAAACUCGCUUCUCUAUGAGCAACGAGAUGGAUCUGCAGCCCGGAGUGAACGGAUUCAGACUGUCCAACCAGCCCAUCCUGCUGGUCUGCCCCCUGCAGGCCAGUCUCGAGGUCUUCAACAUGACCAACAUGCAGGCUCUACGCAGCAAGUCAGUCCUGCUGACGGGGUACCUGGAAUACCUGAUCCAGCACUACUACAGCCCAGACCGGGACCAGGACCAGGACCAGGACCCGGACCCCGAUCGGCCCCCCAGGCCCCACGUCCGCAUCCUGACCCCCCGGGACCCGAAGCAGCGGGGCUGCCAGCUGUCGCUCUGCUUCUCCGUUCCCAUCAAGAGGGUCUUCCAGGAGCUGGAGAGGAGGGGCGUGGCGUGUGACAUGAGGGAGCCCAGCGUUCUCCGCGUGGCUCCGGUUCCGCUCUACAAUUCCUUCACCGACGUCCACCGCUUCAUCCAGAGGCUGGAGGCGGCGCUCUCUGCCGCCGCCGACCAAUGAGAGUCCAGCUGGUGAUGAAACCAGGAAGUCCA